AUGGACAUCCCCAUUUAUAAAGGAGGAGAGGCCAAGUGCUCCUACAAGGUCAUGCACUGGUUAAUGACGGCACUGGAAGCUGAGUUGAAGAUCCCUCUCAUUUGCCCGGUGCCAAGAAAGAUGAACAGACCGGGCAAUAGAAAAAUAGCCAAAGAAGGAUCCAGUGAUUUGAAAUUCCAGAACUUCGCUCUGCCGAAAAAUAGGUCAUGGCCCGGAAUCGACAGUGCCACAGGACAGUACCAGACUAUUAACGAGCCUCCUCUUGAUAGUGAAAGGAAUUCCAUAGCAGUCCUGGCUGGAGCAAAAGGCCACACAGAUGGUGACUAUGAAGACCCUGAGCUUCACAUGGGAGAAGACUGGCAAUCAGUGAAAAUCUUACCAGCCAGGCCUAUUAAGGAAUCUGAAUAUGCAGAUACACGCUAUUUCAAGGGUAUGAUGGACACACCACUGUCUUUAGAUUCCAAGACCUCUCUCCCCACAGACAGGCAAACCUGGAUGAAGCUGGAAGAAGUGGAAAAACCCAUUUCCAAGGAUAUCAGAAAACAACAUGUUAAAGGAGACAAACCCACAAAAGGAAACAAGACACCUUUACCACCUCCUCGGCCGCCCGUCAAGCUUCCAAAGAAGUACCAGCCCCUACCCCCGGAGCCGCCGAGCAGCAGGCCACCAUUCCCUCAGAGGCACACCUUCCCCGAAGCGCAGAAAGGGGCCAGACAGAUAAGCUUAAAGAACUUAAGUGAGGUACUUGGAACAGAGAAAGUUCCUUAUCACCAGAUGAAGCCUGAAGUACCUCAUCUGGCACAAAACCAAAGUCCUCAAGAGAUUCCUCUUGCCAUUGCCAGCUCUUCAUUCAUGACACGCAACCCGACUGUGCAAAACCGAGAUCAUAAAGAAAGCAUGCCAUCCUAUGCUCCUCAGAGAUGUCAGUCUCCAGCCGGCUCUGGCCCUCAGGAAAAUCCACUACUUCAUAAAAUCACGAGCAGGAAGAAACCUUUCCCUGAAAGGUCUGAUGGCAAGGACGUCCAGCGCAACGAAUGGUACAUCGGAGAAUACAGUCGCCAGGCAGUGGAAGAGGCGUUACUGAAGGAGCACAAGGAUGGUACCUUCUUGGUCCGAGAUUGCUCUGCAAAAUCCAGGGCGGAGCCCUAUGUGUUGGCGGUGUUUUAUGGGAACAAGGUCUACAAUGUGAAAAUCCGCUUCUUGGAGAGGAAUCAGCAGUUUGCCCUGGGGACAGGACUCAGAGGAGAUGAGAAGUUUGACUCGGUGGAAGCCAUCAUUGAACACUACAAGUAUUUUCCUAUUAUACUUAUUGACGGGAAAGAUAAAACUGGGACCCACAGAGAGCAAUGUUACCUAACUCAGGCCCUCCCUGUCAACAGACACUUCUCACCUAGGUAG